ACGGAAGAAGACGGGGAGGACGGGAAGUGUGUUUUGCAGCUGACUGACGGUAGUUUCUAAACAGUGUGCGGUCAUGACAGGUGUGGAAACGGUGUGUUUUUGAGGAUAAACUGUGCCGAGGCGCUUUAGUUUUGAGACGAAUAACCGGCGAGGCGCCAUGAUGCUACAGACACACAGACUGGAGUUUUCAGAUCGGAUCUACUAGCCUCAGCAAACAAUGUCCUUUCGUUUUCAAGAGGAGCUCCAACCAGGAGAAGAACACAGGAGCAUGAUGCUAUGACAGAUAAUGUCAUGAUGUGACAGCCUUCCUACCAGGUGCUUACCGUGUCCGUGUUAAGAUGCCACGACUAGAGGAGGUAGCUAAUGUCGUCCUCAGGGUGCCCAGCAUCUUGGUGUUGGACAUGCUGUAUAAAUGUGACAUUGACAGCUUCACGGAUCACCUCAAAGCAAGGACAGAAGAUAUGCUCUUCAAGUACAAAUAUGUCAUCUGGAACAUAUAUUAUUUGGGUCACGUAGUGAGCACCGUGGUGCUGCUUUUGCCACUUGGGCAUAUUAUCCAGCUCUACCUGCAUGUUCUCUGUGCCCUGCUGCUUUACAUGGGUCAUCAGAUCGUCAGAGAUUAUGUAAGAGAUGAAGCUCGGUAUGGAUAUAAUGGUGCACUCUUUCUGGACUCUCCGGCAUUGAACCGCUUCGUGACCGCACUCACCAGUCAGAUAAUAGUCAGUACGCUGUGUGCGUUCCUCAUGCGGACUCAGCGCGUGUGGCUGUUCUCAGCACACUUGCUCCCUCUCCUGGCCCGUAUGGUGUCUGUCCCUCCGGACUGGCUCCUCACGCUGUCCUCUGUGUCCAUGAUGAUCACAGGGGCCGAGGUGUCCGUCUUCCUCCUCGCAAACCUCUUUGUGCCGUACAGACUGGCCAGAGCCGCCUACAGAGAGAUAAUGGCAAUAGAGGUGACUGAGCUGUACAGACUGAUGGCAGUCGGGGUGUCCCUCUGGCAUGGCUUUGCUGUGCCUGUAUUGUUUAGUGUUUUCUGGUUUGUGCUGUUCGGAGUGCAGCUUGUUACCAAUUAUGGAACUAUCACUGCUGUCCAACAGGGUCCGCUACUCUACCUCCUCACCAGUGUGUCUGAAUGCUGUGCUAGCCCGUACUCCCUGCUCGGCUUGACGUUUGUGGUGUCUUACGCGGCUCUGGGACUUCUGAGUCUCUGUAAGUUCUACCUUGGAGGAUUUAAUGCCCUCCAGAACCAUAAUGUCAUGCACAGGGGCGUGACAGAAGGAGUGACUCUGCUGCUGUUGGCCCUGCAGACCGGGUUGUUGGACAUGGCAGCUCUGCAGCGCUGCUUUCUGCUCUUUAUCAUCCUCUUUAUCGUUCUCACAUCUACUCUGCAAAGCAUGAGCGAGAUCACAGAGCCUGUUGUGUUGGGGCUCGGAGCUAGUAGAAACAGGAGUGUGUGGAAGCACCUGCGGGGUUUAUCUAUGUGUGGCUUUCUGCUGCUGUUUCCUGGAUUCAUGGCCUACAAGAUCUCUCAGUUUUUCAACAUGGAUUUCUGGCUGCUGAUCUUGGUCUCUAGCUGUAUGCUCACAUCGCUGCAGGUGACAGGCACUCUUCUGAUCUACAGCCUGUUCAUGGUGGAGGUCUGGCGCGGCGCGGCCCUGCCCGGACUGGAUGAGAUAGUGUAUUAUGUGAAUGGAGUGUGUCGGGUGCUGGAGUUUGCCGUGGCUGUGUGUGUUGUGGCGUACGGGGCGUGGGAGUCACUGUGGGGGGAGUGGAGCUGGAUGGGAGCGUCCGUCAUCAUCAUCCACUCCUACUGCAAUGUGUGGCUCCGUGCCCAGGCUGGCUGGAAAAGCUUCUUGCUUAGACAAGAAGCUGCACGCAAAAUCAAUGUACUUCCACGGGCCAGCGCGGAGCAGCUGCAGGACCACAAUGAUGUCUGCGCCAUCUGCUUCCAGGAUAUGACAUCAGCAGUGAUCACAUACUGCGGUCAUUUCUUCCAUGGCAACUGUUUGAGGAAGUGGCUUUAUGUGCAAGAGACAUGCCCCAUGUGCCACGCCUCCGUCAAACCCUCCUCGGCUAGUCCCACGGCUGCAGCGGGCGGAGCUCCGCCGCCCCACCAGAGCCCACCUCCGUCAGAGCAACAGCCCUCUCCCGAGAGCCCUCAGGAGGAAGAGGAGGGAGACGACGUCUGCUCCGCGGAGACAAAUUGCGACGAGCCCGAAAGCAAACUCUCAAGCUCUGAGAGGAAUCGUAGCGAGGAGAGUUUCCCACACGUGCACUUCGGUGCGAACGGCGAUUCCCGGGGCGUUCCCAGCUGCUCACGGCACGGGGGCCCGGAAGCGGCUCCUCAAGAGCUUAGAGAAGCGGACUGAAACCGAAGCUCAGCCGGGGGAAGUGUUAAUCGGAGAAACUGCCAUGGCAACGAGACGUACUGACAGUGGCAGAGAAAACGGGACACGCUGAAAGGAAGCCAUAACAACAGAGGGUUACAAAUAAUAGAGACAGAGAUGCUGCAAAAGCCUGCAGGUGCGUCACUCGCUCGGAAGACGUCCUGCUGAUUUCGGGCUAGGACUAAGCUGACCCCAGCACCUCCGCGGCAUUAGAUCAUAGUUACCAAAUGAUAUUCAUUUCGGAGAAUCUCUCCUUGACGUUUGUUAAGAUUUAGAGCCGGAUAAUUCAGUGAUGAUCGUCCAGUUCUAAGGAAGACGUGAAGUAAUGGGUGUAUUACAAACAAAUUCCUGUUGGCAGCAACUAAUUCUGUGAUUUUGUUUUAUUUUUGUCAUUUGGGCCUUUUCUGUUGAGUUGUUUCCGAUGCAGGUUAUGGGACGUGUGGAUUUCAUUCAUUCAUUAAUUUGUUCGUGAUGCAGAUCUGUUGAUAUCUGUGCCUCUGACUUCUCUGUAUUGCUCCAUUGCGUGCUUUUUGUUUGAACUGACUUUAUGUAGUUGUAAUAAAGAAGUCAUGGUGGUUAUUCUCUCA